CGUGUGCACGAUAUAAACAAAUUAGUGUGCAUGUGAAGUAUAAAUAUUAUUCCGUCAUCGUUGAGGGGCUGUAUUACUCUUCUUGGUGAAUCGAAGUGAACUACUAGGAUGUUGAAAGUUGUGCUCGUCGCGUGCAUCUGCGCUUUAGUGUUGGUCCAGGCGCAACCUGGACCCCCUGGUCCUCCUCCUGGUGGACCGCCACCAAACCCCCCGCCCAGCAGAAUGGUUCGUCAAGCCCCACCACCCCCGGACAACGGUCCCAUUCCUCAGGGAAUGAAUGGGGGGAUGGGCCCAGGAAAUUUGGGAAUGCAAGGACUGGGUAACAUCCCGGAUCCAACCGUAUGGAUUGCCAAAGGACAAGAAGUGGCCAGUCAGUUCGCCAAAGGCCGUCGUCGUCGUGAAACAUCUUGAACAAUAAUCUCGCAAGGAAUUCCAUCACAGGCGACUCUGAAGGUGAAUCACUGGAGACGAAUUGAAUAUUCACUUUCUUUUUAGAAUUAUAUACUCACCCAUGGCUUGAUGCACCACGAGAUUUCCACAGAGACAAAGGAUUCUAAUGCAACUAAUAAAAUUCAACUUAUGAAAUCAAAAAAA